UUCUCCUCUCCCGCCGGCGCCGGAGCCGCCACGCCGCCGCCAUGGAGCUCAUCACCAUCCUGGAGAAGACGGUCUCGCCGGACCGCUCCGAGCUUGAGGCGGCGCAGAAGUUCCUGGAGCAGGCAGCGAUCGAGAACCUGCCAACCUUCCUGGUGGAACUGUCCAGAGUCCUGGCAAACCCUGGCAACAGCCAGGUGGCUCGGGUGGCGGCCGGCCUGCAGAUCAAGAACUCCCUGACCUCCAAGGACCCCGACAUCAAGGCCCAGUACCAGCAGCGAUGGUUGGCCAUCGACACCAACGCCCGCAGGGAGGUCAAGAACUACGUUUUGCAGACCUUGGGCACAGAAACCUACAGGCCCAGCUCGGCCUCCCAGUGCGUGGCCGGCAUCGCCUGCGCCGAGAUCCCCAUGAACCAGUGGCCUGAGCUCAUCCCCCAGCUGGUGACCAACGUGACCAACCAGCACAGCACGGAGCACAUGAAGGAGUCAACGUUGGAGGCCAUUGGCUACAUCUGCCAGGACAUUGACCCAGAGCAGCUUCAGGACAAAUCCAAUGAGAUCCUGACAGCCAUCAUCCAGGGAAUGAGGAAGGAGGAACCCAGCAACAAUGUGAAGCUAGCAGCCACCAAUGCACUCCUCAACUCGUUGGAAUUCACCAAAGCAAACUUUGACAAAGAGUCUGAAAGGCACUUUAUUAUGCAAGUAGUCUGUGAAGCAACUCAGUGUCCAGACACAAGGGUACGAGUGGCUGCCUUACAGAAUCUGGUGAAGAUCAUGUCCCUCUACUAUCAGUACAUGGAGACCUACAUGGGGCCUGCCCUCUUUGCUAUCACAAUUGAAGCAAUGAAAAGUGACAUAGAUGAGGUGGCCCUGCAGGGAAUAGAGUUCUGGUCCAAUGUCUGUGAUGAGGAGAUGGACCUGGCCAUAGAAGCAUCUGAGGCAGCAGAGCAGGGAAGGCCUCCAGAGCACACCAGCAAAUUUUAUGCCAAGGGAGCACUGCAAUAUUUGGUCCCAAUCCUGACCCAGACCUUAACAAAACAGGAUGAAAAUGAUGAUGAUGAUGACUGGAACCCCUGCAAAGCAGCAGGAGUCUGCCUGAUGCUGCUGGCCACCUGCUGUGAGGAUGACAUUGUGCCCCACGUGCUGCCCUUCAUCAAGGAGCACAUCAAGAACCCAGACUGGAGGUACAGAGAUGCAGCUGUGCUGGCUUUUGGCAGCAUCUUGGAAGGACCAGAGCCAAACCAGCUCAAACCAUUGGUGAUCCAGGCCAUGCCCACCCUGAUCGAGCUGAUGAAGGACCCCAGCGUGGUGGUGCGCGACACAACCGCCUGGACCGUGGGCAGGAUCUGCGAGAUGCUGCCCGAGGCUGCCAUCAACGACAUCUACCUGGCCCCCCUGCUGCAGUGCCUGAUGGAGGGGCUGAGUGCUGAGCCCAGGGUGGCCUCCAAUGUCUGCUGGGCCUUCUCCAGCCUUGCUGAAGCUGCCUAUGAAGCUGCAGAUGUAGCUGAUGAUCAGGAGGAGCCAGCAACCUACUGCUUGUCCUCUUCCUUUGAGCUGAUAGUGCAGAAGCUGCUGGAGACUGCAGACAGACCUGAUGGCCACCAGAACAACCUGAGGAGCUCUGCUUAUGAGUCCCUGAUGGAGAUAGUGAAGAACAGUGCCAAGGAUUGCUACCCUGCUGUGCAGAAGACCACUCUGGUCAUCAUGGAGAGACUGCAGCAAGUGCUGCAGAUGGAGUCUCACAUCCAGAGCACUUCUGACAGGAUCCAGUUCAAUGAUCUCCAGUCUCUGCUUUGUGCUACUCUCCAGAACGUCCUGAGGAAGGUGCAGCACCAGGAUGCUCUGCAGAUCUCUGAUGUGGUGAUGGCUUCCCUGCUGAGGAUGUUCCAGAGCACAGCAGGCUCAGGGGUGGUGCAGGAGGAUGCCCUGAUGGCUGUGGGCACCCUGGUGGAAGUCCUAGGUGGGGAGUUCCUGAAGUACAUGGAUGCCUUCAAACCCUUCCUGGGCAUUGGCCUCAAGAACUAUGCUGAGUACCAGGUCUGCCUGGCCACUGUGGGCCUGGUUGGGGACCUGUGCAGGGCCCUGCAGUCCAACAUCCUGCCCUUCUGUGACGAGGUGAUGCAGCUGCUCCUGGAGAACCUGGGGAAUGAGAAUGUCCACAGGUCUGUGAAGCCUCAGAUCCUCUCUGUCUUUGGGGACAUUGCCCUGGCCAUUGGGGGAGAGUUCAAGAAGUACCUGGAGGUUGUCCUCAACACCCUGCAGCAGGCCUCCCAGGCCCAGGUGGAUAAGUCUGACUAUGACAUGGUGGACUACCUGAAUGAGCUGAGGGAGGGCUGCCUGGAAGCCUACACUGGCAUUGUCCAGGGCCUGAAGGGAGACCAAGAGAAUGUUCACCCUGAUGUGAUGCUGGUGCAGCCCAGAGUGGAAUUCAUCCUGUCUUACAUUGACCACAUUGCUGGAGAUGCAGACCACACUGAUGGGGUGGUGGCCUGUGCUGCUGGGCUCAUAGGGGAUCUGUGCACAGCCUUUGGCAAGGACGUGCUGAAGCUGGUGGAGGCCAGGCCCAUGAUCCACGAGCUGCUCACCGAGGGCAGGAGGUCCAAGACGAACAAAACCAAGACCCUGGCGACCUGGGCCACGAAAGAGCUGAGGAAGCUGAAGAACCAAGCUUGGUAA